CUAAUUAGGACCGACAGGUCAUUCACCUGUAGAGAUGGACAUCAGCUUCAUCCGCCAAUGAUAACAGCUUGCCAUAUAUGGCACCGCUUCACACGAGGACAAUGGGAACGGUGACGUCGCGUUACAGAUUUCUCGGAAUUGAGGACGAGGGCCUAUAUAUCAGGCAUUGACAGCCUUCGCUAGAGAGUACCGAACCUCGCGUCCACAACAUGCCGACAUCUCACACCGUCUCCGCCGUCCAGCAGACGGAACAAGUUCUCACCAUGGCUCUCCAGCGUCCCAGGGACGGAACGUCGUUUCACUUCGUCGUGCCUCUGAACGUGGGCGGCCGUCACUUCACCAGCACCCUGCCCGUUCUGCGCAAGUACGAGGAGUCCAUGCUGGCGGCGAUGUUCAGCGGCCGCCAUCUUGUUGUGAAGGAUAAAGACGAUCGCUACUUCAUCGAACGUGACGGCGCCAACUUCGGCCACAUCUUGAACUUCCUUCGCGACAGCAGGCUGCCUCCUGUGGAUAAGGCGAAAGAUGUCUACCACGAGGCGCUCUACUACGGGAUCACCCCGCUCGCCGACAUCCUCCGCCGGCACAGGACCAUCCAUGAGGAGGAGGAGGUGGCCAGGUGGGUCGAGCAGUGCCCCACCGCCCAGGAGAAGGCGGACGAGAUCGCCGACCUUCUCCAGAAGAAGUUUGCGGACACCCUGAGCAGGAAGAGCCGCGUGGUCCUCCAGUUCGACCAGGAUUCUCACUGGGAGGCCGUGCGCCACAAGGUAUCGGGCGAGUCCAUCGGAAACUACAACGAGCCUUACGACUUCGACCAAGACAAGGGUCACAAGGACCACAAGUGUCCCCUGCCAGAGAUAGCCAUGGGAGAGAUGUCUGAGCACGAGAAGGAGAAGACGCUGUGUUUCUUCGAUCACUUCUUCGAGAAGCUGGGCUAUAAGAUGGAAGUCGUCCCCGGGGUGUGCCGGGAGGCGGUGUGGUCUCAACAAGUCUCAUGGCCCGGAGAGGAGGUGGACUCCAUAUCCGUUUACUGUAACAAGCAAAUCUACACACUCGCCUUUACUUGAGCCAGUUCAACCAGUUGGAAAAAAAAGUACAGCUGUGCUUUCCGAGCUACGAAGACUGAACCAGAAGAAGUAACUGUGCUUGUCUUCGUUUUAAUCCAAAAUUAUUAUGAUGGGAUCUUGAUAUAGCCGUUAUACACUUUUUGAUAAAUUAUACGAGGCGAGUAACGUUCUCAAUGAUUUUCUUUAAAGAAUGCAGUAAGACAAUUGGCAUCGUCAUGCAUGGCAUGACAUGUUAUACACGUGCAGGUACCUUGAAUAUCACGGAGAUGUAAUUUUUAUAGUUUUUUUCUCUUUCACGAUAUUUAUAUUCAUAGGAAGCGAGUAAUAUUCGCAUUGAGGUUUUCUUCAUAAUGAAGAAACACAGUUUUUAUAGUAUGGUACAGGUGUACUGGGUGGACAAUGAAAGUGAAAAGGAACAUAUUUUGAUACGUCUUUAGCUGGGUAACGCAUUUUAUAUCAAAU